CACUUCAAGCGUCAAAAGAGGGAUGAUGCUGAUCUUGGACCUAUUUACUUCAACCCUAAUGCCGACUUUGAUCUUGGCGGAAAUUUUCUUCGGGAUGUUCCUGUUCCUUCAAAACCCGUACCUGCGCAUGUUGAGCUCGAAGAUAUCGGUUAUUUCGAUGAAGUCUGCUCAGGUGACGGCGUUCGAUGUCCUUUUGAGGAGUGUGCAGUUAACAUUUUCUCAGAAAAGGACGUACGCCGAAAGGAGAGUGCACUACAACCAGUUGAACAGAGAGGCUUCUCCAUGGCGGCGGGAAGUACAAAGCCUUCAGAAAAAACAAUAUUUCCUGAAGCUCAUGUGUGCGAUAUUGAGGUAGUGGACACGAGUCAAUGGCUCCGCGAUAUCUGCAUACGAGCAGCUGCGGAAGUUUGUGCAAAGAUAGAAGGCGUGAUAGCGACGUAUUCUCUGAAGAUGAUUAUUGCGGGGAGGAAUGAGCUUGAUAUGUUGACGAAUGAACUUAGCAAAUAUGGAGUCGACCCAUCAACAAUAAAAAAUAAACUGGAGCGGUUGAUGACAAGUGCUACCUUAUAUGACUCGGCAAGGCUUGCAUGCGCUCACAAAUGCGCCAUGGGCACAAGCGCCCAAAAAUUGGCAGAGACAGAGUCUGAAAUCACGACAGCCCAAGAAAUUCGACAAACUAGUUUUGAUCAGCGUCAGUCUACACUUGAGUCUCUUGAGAACUUGAAGAAAGAACAACAGAAGCUAGAGCAGACGUUGGACUCACUAGAUGCAGACAUUUUUCUUCACGAUGCAAGACUUGCUGAUCUAGAACAGAAGAAGUGCCAAAUCCGAGAGAUUCCAGAAUUGACUGUAACCGAGAUUGAAGAAGCGAAGAAGUUGCGAGCCAAUUUUGAAGAACAUCGUAGCAGCUUCAAGGGUUUGACAUGGAUGUGAUAGCUGACUUGAAUGCUUAGGACUUGCUCCUUUUUUUUUUCUUCAAUCAUCUU